CAUUAUCUUCCACUAUUCUCCCUACUGUAACCCUAAAAAAAAACAAAAUCUCUCCUUUUCCUCCGUCGAUCGGAGGUCUCUCUCUAUAAAACCCUAGCCUCUCCGCAUCGCGUUAUCGACGGCAGAAUUCGGCGAUUCCUAGGUCUCUAUCUUCUUCUGCGUCGACGAGAGACUUGAGUAUAUUGCUGAUCAUGGGAAGCAAAGGUCGUGUGCCCCCACCAUCUCAUCUACGGCAGCCUCUUCCCGGUCCCGGUAUGUUGCGCCCGGAUCCAUUUGGACCAGGCAUUCGUCCUCCCCCUGGUGCCUUUCCUUUUGAUAUGUUGCCUCCACCAGAAGUUAUGGAGCAGAGACUUGCUGCACAAGAUUUUGAGAUGCAAAAGCUUUUGAGAGAGAACCAGCGGCUUGCAGCUACUCAUUCAGUUUUGAGACAAGAGCUAGCUGCUAACCAACACGAGCUACAGAGGUUGACCGAUAACAUGCGUGCUAUGAAAGAUGAGCAAGAACAACAUAUGAGGGGACUCAUUGAUAGGAUGUCUAAGAUGGAAGCCGAUUUGAAGGCUUCCGAGACUGUUAAGGUGGAGUUGCAACAGGCUCAUGCAGAAGCCCGUAGUUUAAUGGAAGCUAAAGAGAAUCUUAUGGCGAAAGCGCAACAACUAAACCAGGAUCUACAGAAGAGCCACGCUGAUGUUCAGCAAGUCCCUCCUUUGCUGUCUGAACUGCACAAUCUAAAUCAAGAAUACCAGCAUUGCAGAGCUACCUAUGACUAUGAAAAGAAAUUGCGCAGUGACCAUUACGAGUCACUUCAACUAAUGGAGAAGAAUUAUAUGUCCAUGCGGAGGGAAGUGGAAAAGCUACGAGCUGAGUUGACUAAUUCAACUAACCUUGACAAGAUUGGUGGUGGAUCAUAUGGUAACAGUGGAGAGUACAAGGAGAAUGAUACGAGUGGCCAACAUUCUGUUGGACAAAAUGCAUAUGGCGAUGUUUAUGCAAACCCACAGGGACGUGCAUCAACUGGUGGUGGUCCAGUGAUGUAUGGGGGAGGCUUAGCUGGGGCUGCCCAUACUCAUCCUGGAUAUGAUGCGUCCAGAGUGGCUGCAGGCUAUGAUAACUCCAAGGGUGGCAGCUUUGAUCCUCCGAAAGGUACUGGUGCUGGCUAUGAUGCUGCUACUAAAGCAACCGGUGUAGCUCAAGCACCCACGACUGCUGGAAAUGUCGCAGCUUCUUAUGGAUCAGCACAGACUGCUUCACCCUAUGGAUCAACUAGAGCACCAUCGCCCUAUGGCUCUGCUCAGGCCCCAAAUCCUUAUGGAUUUGCUCAGGCCCCAAAUCCUUAUGGAGCUCAACAGGCACAAAAUCCUUAUGGAUCAGCCCAGGCACCAAAUCCUUACGGAGCUCAACAGGCACAAAAUCCUUAUGCGUCAGCUCAAGCACCAAAUCCUUACGCAUCGGCUCAGGCACCAAAUGCUUACGCAUCGGCUCAGGCACCAAAUGCUUAUGGAUCGGCUCAGGCACCUACUGCUGGUGGUAGUGCACGCCGAUGAACAGGCUUCUGAUCUUUUCAUAAAGAAGCAGUGUCCAAGAAUUCCGAAGGGUUCCUGUUGAUCAUAUUCCUUGACCAAUUUCUAUCAUCUUAUAUGGAGCUAGCUAAUCCUGGACUGCCCUAGAAUUGUCAUUACUGCACUCUGGAUGAUUUUUUUUAGCAAAAAUGCACAUAAUUGUUAUUAAUCAUCAGCGUAGAAGCUUGUUGCCUUUCACCUUUGGCUGCGCUUAUUAGAUUUUGGAUGCUGCUUUUCAGUUUCUCACAAUCUUUCUCCUAUAUGAGCUUUUAUAAGCUUUUAUAAGUGGUUGAUUCGGCCAUAAAGCUCAGAGUUGUGUGCUUCCAGAUCAGAAUCUUAGCUGAUUUUAUACUGGGCCUACUGGCAUAUUGUAAUGUGCGCGGUAUGUAGUGACUGAUAUCUAAGAAACGACAUGCAUUGUUGCAAUGUACCGGUUCUGUUUCUUUUUUGUUUUUUGCAAGAUUGGGUAUUCACUGUUUUGUUGCUAGCUACUGGCAUAUACUGUAAAAUUUGUCCAGCAGGUUUAAGCUUGGGGGUGCGUGAGAUUUU